CAUCAUGCAUAUAAAAUGCCACCGUCGCACUCUCUCUACAUUCCUACGCCCUAUUCUUUCUCUUUUUCUCUCACGGUCUUACCAAAGUAGAGACAACCUUAAACACCUAAUCAGUAAUUUCUCAUAAUUUCCUCAGGAUCUUCAAUGAUCAUGGCUGUUUUUGCAGUGCUUUUUAUGAUUUUUUUAGGCAUGGCUGUUCGUUCUGAUGCUACUUAUUGCAUAUGUAAUGAUGGAUUGAGUGAUCCUGUUCUUCAAAGUAACAUUGAUUAUGCUUGUGGUACUGGAGCUGAUUGUACUCCAAUUCUUCAGAGUGGACCUUGUUAUCAGCCAAACACGGUAAAAGACCACUGUAAUUAUGCAGUAAAUAGCUAUUACCAGAGGAAAGGCCAAGUUGCUGGGAGCUGUAAUUUCUCAGACACUGCCACUGUCACUCAGAAUUCCCCUUCUGCAGCUCCUGGAUGUGUGUAUCCAUCUAGUCCCAGCAAUGGCGGACCAAGCCCGACCCCAUUCACUCCUGGAGGAAAUCCAAACGCAAGUGGCAACCCCACUGUUCCUUUUCCAGGGUCAAACACACCUCCGAGUGUCAACCUUGGGCCAAACGGGAAUGGCAUAGACAACGAAGCUAGUGCGCCAAUGAUUCAUAGCACUAUUUUACUUGUGUCCUUCCUAAUUCAUUUGGUUUCACUUUUGAUGUCCGCAAGGAUCUAAGCGCACUUUUGAUACGGAGAAUUGACUAGCACAAGACGUUAGAAGCUAGUGCGCCACUGAUUCAUGGCACUAUUUAACUUUUGUCCUUCUUGAUUCUUUUGGUUUCACUUUUGAUGUCCGCAAUGAUCUAAGCACACUUUUGAUACGGAGAAUUGACUAGCACAAGACGUUAGAAGCUAGUGCGUCAUUGAUUCAUAGCAAUAUUUAACUUGUGUCCUUCCUUAUUAUUUUGGUUUCACUUUUGAUGUCCGCAAGGAUCUAAGUGCACUUUUUAUACGGAGAAUUGAUGGGCACAAGACGAUAAACAAAAUUUUUAAUGUCAUUUUUUUCUUAAUUAUGUCUAGUCCGCACUCUCUAAUCAAACUUGUCAAUUGGCUCAAGGUUUUAGCAUAAAGAAGACAACUACGCAUACAUCACCGACCCACCAACCUACAAAUAAUCAAAUCCGUUUUGGUAU